GAAGAGAAGACAGUAGAGGCAGUUUAUGGACCAAGCAGUUGCUACAUUCCGACUGGACAACGUACGGAGGAAUUUUUGGAUUUCAGCAGCUACUCCGUAUGCACCCUGAAAAGAAAAACAGAUGAGUGGUUGAUUGAGAUGGAGAGAAAUAGCAAAAGAGAGAAGAAAAAAGCAAAUAAAAGUCUGAUCUUGCAGAAGGAAAUAGUGUGAGGAAGGCAAAGAAGGAUGAGCAGAGCUGCAAGUGUGUCAUGAAAGAGAGGAUUUGCUGAGAGAGCAGACUGGAGAUCCACCAGAAAGUGAAUUACUGCUGUGCUCAGACCCACCGGGAACAACCAGAACAGCUGCAUAGCAGUUGAAGAAAGAGAAAAAGACAUGAUUAAGCCUCUUUGCAGGGGCACGAAAACACUGUAGUUGCUACAUUGCUAAACAGGUGAAGUCUGUAAAGCAAAAGAGUGCAUAGCCUGUAGGAAGUAUCACUGAAAUUAUGUCUGCGAGGCACCAUCAGCAUUGCCACUCCCUCUCUGAUGAGUCCGAGGAAACCAGUAGGAACCAUGGAGAUCCUGGACCAGAGCCAGAACCUGAGGAGCUGGAUUGGGAUAGUUAUAGCACCACACUGGAGCACAGAUUAGCAGCUGAGCAGGAGAGUGCCCAGGUGUCCGAGCAGCACUGUGCCCAACUGGAGAAGGCCCGGCGGGAGCUCGAGCGGCAGCUGUCAGGCCUCUCAGAUCGACUGGAGGAGGAGGAGGUCUGCUCCGCCCAGCUGGCCCUCCACAGGGACAGACUGGAGGCCCAGUGCAGCAGCCUCCGACGAGAUCUGGACAAACUUGAGAGCGCCUUGACUGCAGCUGAGAACGAGAAACAGUCGUCACACAUUGAGGUGAGGAGACUGUCGGAGCAGCUUUUUCAGAAGGACGUGGUGGUGCAGAAGCUCCAGAAGGAGAAAGAACAUCUGGUGGAGCUCAGCCAGCAGGCCAUCGAGGACCUGCAGAGUGAAGAGGAGAAAGUGAACCUGCUGACGAAAGAGAAAACCAAGCUGCAGAUGCAAGCUGAAGAUUUGGAGUAUCAGUUGGAGCAGGAGUGCCAUCAGCGUGGUGAGCUAGAGAAGAACAGGAGGAGGCUGGAGGGGGACACCAGAUCUACACAAGAGAGUCUGGGAGAGAUGGAGAGGAUGAUGAGUGGUCUGGAAGAACUCAUCAAAAGGAAAGACCUGGAGAUCAGCAGUACCAGCUCCAAGCUAGAAGCAGAGGAGGCCCUCAACAUUGGACUGCAGAGGAAGGGCAAAGAACUACAGGCUCGCAUUGAAGAGCUGGAAGAGGAGCUGGAGGCAGAGCGGGCCAUGAGAGCCAAGGUAGAGAAGCAGAGAGCAGAUCUCACCAGAGAAUUGGAUGAUCUCACGGACCGGCUUGAGGAAGCAGGAGGGGUCACCGCCUCACAGAUGGAAGUGAACAAGAAGCGAGAGGCUGAGCUCCAGCGUCUGAGACGAGACCUGGAGGAGUCCUCAGUCCAGUCUGAAGCAUUAGCUGCGUCUCUGAGGAAGCGGCACAGCGAUGUUGUGGCAGAACUGAGCGAACAGUGUGAGGCUCUGCAGAGGACCAGAGCCAAACUGGAGAAGGAGAAGCAGAAUUUGAGGAUCGAGGUAGACGAUCUGGCUGCUUCACUGGAUACUCUGCAGAAAGCCAAGACCUCCUCAGACAGUCAGCUGAAGAAGCUGGAGGAGCAGCUGUUUGAGGCCAACAGGAGAGGAGAUGAGCUGCAGAGGACCCUCACUGAGCUCAGCGUGGCCAAGAACAGACUCACAGCUGAUAAUGCAGACGUGAGUCGACAGAUGGAGGAGGCAGAGGGCAGAGCGAGCCAGCUGACCCGCUCUAAGACGCUGCUCCAGUCCCAGCUUGAGGAGCUGAAGAAACACCUGGAUGAGGAGGUCAAGUGUAAGCAGGCGGUCAGCAACAGUCUGAGCUCAGUGCGGCAGGAGUGCGAGGUGCUGAGGGAGCAGCUGGAGGAGGAGCAGGAGAGUAAGCAGGAGAUGCAACGCCUUGUUUCCAAACUCAACAGUGAGGUGACGCACUGGAGGAGCAAACAUGAGGCAGAUUCAAUCCAGCACGCCGACGAGCUGGAGGAGACCAAGAAGAAGCUGGCGAGCAGGCUUCAAGAGGCCGAGGAGGCCGUGGAAGCCACUCAGGCCAAAUGUUCCUCCCUGGAGAAAACCAAACAGAGACUGCAAGGAGAGGUAGAGGAGCUCUGCAUGGACCUGGAGAAGGCCAGCAGUUGUGGUCAGACUCUGGAUAAGAAACAGAGGGUCCUGGAGAAGCAGCUUGGAGACUGGAAGCAGAAAUGUGAAGAGCUGGUGACCGAGGUGGAGGGCUGCCAGAAGGAGAGUAGGCAACACGCUACCGAGCUCUUCAAACUCAAGACAGCUCACGAGGAAUCUCUGGAGCAGCUGGAGGUUCUACGUAGGGAGAACAAGGCCUAUCAGGAGGAAAUAGCAGACCUAACAGACCAGCUGUCAGAUGGAGGUAAGAGUGUUCACGAGCUCCAGAAAGCAAAAAAGAAAAUUGAGAUGGAGAAAGAAGAGUUACAGGCCUCCCUGGAGGAAUCUGAGGCAGCUUUGGAGGCUGAGGAGACCAAGGUGCUGAGGCUGCAGCUGGAACUGUCUCAGGCUAAAGGAGACCUGGAGCGUAGACUGCAGGAGAAGGAGGAGGAGACUGAAGCUGCCAGAAAAAGCCACCAGAGGGCGCUAGAGUCCCUGCAGGCCAGUCUGGACGUGGAGGUGAAGGGCAGAGCAGAGGGACUGAAGUUGAAGAAGAAACUGGAGAUGGACAUCAAUGAGCUGGAGCUGCAGGUGGACCUGCUCACCAAGAACAACACAGAGCUCAGCAAAAACAGCAAGAAGAUGCAGCAGCAGAUUAAGGAGCUGCAGGCUCAGCUGGAGGAGGAGGUGCGGAGUCAUGAGGAGUGCCGGGAGGAGCAGGCUGCUGUGGAGCGACGCUGUGCUCUUUUGAUCAGCGAGAGUGAGGAGACCCGGACAGCACUGGAGAGCGCAGAGAGAGCCCGUAAGGCCUUGGAGACAGAGCUGCAGGAGGCCAGCGAGAAGUACAGCGACCUCAACAACCAGUUCCAGUUGUCUCUGAGUGGGAGGAGGAAGCUGGAGGUGGAUCUUCAGACUCUGCAGCAGGAGCAUGAGGAGCUGCAGGCAGAGCUGAGAGGAUGCACAGACAAGGCCAAGAAGGCCAGCUGCGAGUUGGCGCGAGUCGGUGAGGAGCUGCGUCUGGAGCAGGAGCACACACUCCACCUGGAGAGAGUGAAGAAAGGUCUGGAAGCCCAGAUCAAAGACAUGAGCAGCAGGCUGGACGAGGCUGAACAGAUGGCUCUGAGAGGAGGGAAGAAGAUCAUCCAGAAGUUGGAGGGGAAGGUGAAGGAGAUGGAGCUAGAGCUGGACUCGGAGCAGAAGCGACACGCUGAAACGGUAAAGACGCUGCGGAAGAAUGAACGUCGUCUGAAAGAGCUGCUGUUCCAGUCAGAGGAGGACCAGAAGAACCAGCAGAGGAUGCAGGAGCUGGUGGAGAGGCUGCAGAACAAGAUGAAGGCCUACAAGAGACAAGUGGAAGAGGCCGAGGAACAAGCCAACAUGAACCUGGCAAAGUACAGGAAGACCGUCCAUGAGCUGGAUGAUGCUGAGGAGCGGGCUGACAUCGCAGAGUCAGCACUUACCAAGAUCAGGACCAAAAACAGGGGCAGCUUCGGCAAAGGAUACUCCUCUGGUUACAGCACUCCGUACCCUGGCCUGGUCCGGUCAAACAGCUCUGCCGGCUCUGAGGGCAGAGAGGAGAAGAUCCUCAACGAUGACAACGAGUCGGUCAGCUCCCUCAUCCCUGCCUAUCUCAACUCCCUCAAGAAGCUCAUGAUUGAUUAGGAAGAUGGCUGUAGUUACAGCUUUUCAGAAAGACCACUCUGCAUCGUCCAACAGCAGAUCUGAUGUCUGCUGAACAAGUGAAGCAUGGAAACAGUAUGAAGUUUGAAACAUCAGAAAAGGCUCCACGUGUAGUUUCACCGUACAUUCAGGUCAUUCAAUGUGUGUCACCUGUUUUUGAACACUGUACAUCCCUAUAGAACUUUUCUAUGCACAGGUUGCUUCCUCUGUGUGCCAGUUUUAUUCCACACACUUUCAUAUGCCAUCAUACUGUUAGAUUUGAAUAUAAAAACUGAUUGAAUAUGCAAAAAUAUGCAGCAUGUGUUUGAAAUUCACUUUUAAGCAAUACUUCAUGACAAUGAUAAUUUGUAAGUCAUUUAUUAGGUCAUCAGUUAAUAACGGAGCAUCUGCAGGUCCUUAAAAAGGCUUAAAAAGUGUAACACUUUCAGAAUUUACAUCAAUAAAAAUGUUAUUUUCUCGCUUCUUUGUA